AUGACUUCCAAAUCUGUUCCUUCCAUUGCAGCAGCAGCAACGCCAGCAGCAGCAGCAGCAGCAGCCGCAGCAGCCGCAGCAGCCGCAGCAGCAGCCCCUACAUCAGCAGCAGCAGCAGCAAUCCCUGCAGAAGCAACAGCAGCAGCGAUCCCUGCAGCAGCAGCAAUCCCUACAGCAGCGACAGCAGCAGCAAUCCCUACAGCAGCAGCAGCAUCAACCCCUGCUGCAGCGGCAAUCCCUGCAGCAACAGCGACUGGUGCAGCAGCAGCAGCAGCUGGUACGCUUGAGUUAACAGCUGUUGGAGGCCAUUUGACGAUUACUGUCUUCUUGCCGCCUGCUGCUGCUGCUGCUGCUGCAGCACCUGCAGCAGCAGACGUCGGGCAGCUGACGGAGGCCUUUGAAAGCUUAGAGCUGAAGAGCAGCAGCGAACUCAACACCAGCAAUUUGAAUGCUGCAGCAAGAGGAGAGAAACACGACACAACAACACGCUGCGCACGCUCUCCUGCUGCUGCUUCAGCUGCUGCUCCUGCUGCUGCUGCUGCUGCUGCAGGACAGGACACUCCGGCUGCUGCUGCUGCUGCUGCACAGAAGCAAGAGCUGGCGUACCGUCUACAGCAGCAGCAACACACCGACGGCGAUCAUCUAUUGAGGCUGUCUCUCUGGCGCGUGCAGCAGCAGCAGCAGCUCCAACAGCAACUGCAGCAGCAGCAGCAGCAGCAGCAGCAGCGGCUGUGUGCUCAAGAGGAAGGAGGAGCAGAAAGUAAAGGCGAAGCAGCAAUAAGCCAACCAUCAACAUUUAAUUUUUUGUUUAAUUUGUAUUUUAGAUUUCCUUGCAGUCUUCCUCCUCUUCAUCUUCUCUCUGCUACCUGCGGCCCAGCACACCGUCCAUCAGCGCGCCCAGCAGCAGCAGCAGCAGCAACAGCAGCAGCAGCAGCAACAGCAGCAGCAGCAGUAACAGCAGCAGCAGCAGGAGCAACACCAGCAGCAAUUGGAGCAGCAGGACCAGCAACAGGAACAGCAGCAGGAGCAUCAUCAUCGACAACGACAGCAGCAGCAGCAGCAGCAACAGUAGCAGCAGCAGCAACAGAAGCAGGAGCAGGAGCAGCAGCAGCAGCAGCGCGAGGAGAAGAAGAGUUAUUAAAGAGUUAUUAUUUUUUCAGAUUAACAAUGAAGUGCUCGUUAAGGCCGGCGCAGUUGGCGUCAGCUUUGGCUAGCAAAGAAGAAAAAAUAAUCCGUCAGAUAAAAAAUUUUAAAUUGAGCUGCAAGUAA